UACUGCUAAUUUUGUGUGUAAUCGAUGUGUUAUUUAAAUUCUUUUUUACUACAUAACAUAUUGCGUGUGGUCAAUUUUAUUUUAUUAGUAAAUGUUCAUUACGUAAAAAAUCAUAACUAGCAAACUAUCGCAUUUAAUAAUCGCUUCAUCAGCAGGAAAAUUUUAUGUGAAGCUGGCUUACCAUUCUUUUUAUGAUAUUUAUAGAUUCAUUUAACUAUCAUGUAUGGAGCUUAAUUUUUAUUUUGUGAGAAAAGUAUCGGUAACUUAUUGCUCAGUCACAAUUUAGAAACUUCAUUUUAAGAAUUUAGAAGUCUGUAAUUCGUACAAAAGGUGAAAUACGUAUAUGGCCAACCGGUUGUCAGAUGAAGAAUUACGACGAAGACUUCAAGAGUAUGGUCAAGACGUGGGCCCUAUUACGUCCACGACGCGAUCUAUUUGGGAGAAAAAACUGUUGUCUCUAAGGAAAGCCAACGGUCCGAGCCCGCCAUCUCGAGCGCUAAAUGCAUUUAGUUCAGAUGAUAGUGAAAUUGAGAGCCCUGUAAAUAGCAAACCUCGGAAAAAACGAACUUCUUUCAGUCGCAGUGAGAUCGGUGAAAGUCAUGAAAGAUCGCAUAUAGGCCGUUCACCUGGAACUAUUUCAAAAAUAGACUCUGAAACUUUCAAAAAACCUUCACCUGUGUACAUACCUUAUUCUGGUCAAGAAAAGAAAGAUAAACCAUACAUUAUCAGACCUCAACUCCUUAGAAAUCAGAAUAACAAAGUUAAGAGACGAAGUUCGGGGAAAAAUUCGACUUUUGAUGUUGAAACAUCGGAUUCAGAUUUUGAUUCCGAUGGAUCAAUGAUUAAUUCGAAGUCUCACAGAAUUCGAAAAAAAUCGCCAACUGCCAUUUCCGACGCUCAGAGUGUAAAUUUUGCGAGGUUGAAUGCAAACAUUUUAAAUUAUGAAAAUUCCCUGAAAAAAAAAUCUCUAAAUUCAAGUUUGAGUACAGAUUCCGAACAGUCGAUUCGUUUCAGCCCUACUUUGGAGAGAUUGAAAAGAGCAGAUAAUCUGGAUCAAAGUUACAGAACCAAUGGCUAUUUAACGAACAGCAGAUCCAAUGGCGAAUUCCAUGUAGAAAAAGUCAGAGGAUCAAGUACAAAUUAUUCACACUGUAUAUCUUGGAUGCUUCUCAUCGGAGUUGUCGCAUUUUUUGUCAUAAUUGGAGCUUUAUAUAUGACGGAAGUGCAAAAGUCAUCACAAUCAACAAGUAAAACUUAUCUGAAAUUCUGUGAAGGGAUAAGAGAAGAGCAGUGUAAAUUACUUAUUUUAGUUUCAAGAGAGCUACAUGAAUUGUUAACAACUACUGCAGGUCAAUAUGAAUGUGACUCUAAAGGAUUAAUUAAAAGUCGAAAUAUGACCGUCGCAGUUGCAAAAUCAAUAUUAUGGAAAAAGCUGUCUUCUAGUGAUUACUUUACGGAACAUGAAUUUUAUGCCAUUUUUAGACAUUCUGUUUACUUAAUUAUGAAAAAUCCUGAGUGGGGAAUAAAAUGGUCUUCAGAGUCGGAUGAGCUAUCUGGAGAUACUGCCAUUAAAAAACCUACAUCACUCCCUGAUUCCAGUGCCUUGGAAGCUGUAGUGGCUGCUAAAUCUCUUUGGUGUCGUAUAAGACUUUCUCUUCAGUGGACUGCCAGUACAAUUUUUACAUUAUGCAUUGGGGCUUUUCUGCUCUUCCUUUUAUAUUGUGGUGGCAAAUUGUGGAAAAAGCGCCGAGAAGUACAAGAAAAAAUGUUUUAUGAAAUGGUGGAAAAAGUUAUAGAUAUUCUACAAGAUCAACAGGACUCCUCAUAUCAGUCAGAUUCCAGUUUAGGACCUUAUAAAGCUGUCGUAAAUAUCCGAGAUACUUUAAUCUCUCCAAAAGAAAGAAAAACAAAGCUGUGGCUCUGGGACAAAGUUGUUGCAUUUAUUGAAGAAAAUGAAUCUCGAGUAUCAGUAGAGUACAAAACUAUUGCUGGAGAAGAUUUCAAAGUUUGGAGAUGGAAUCCAAGCACAAAUCAAGAGAAUGAAGGCGGUAAGCAAGGGAAAGUUUGGCAGGGUCAAGCCUUCAAUAGCCUUGGGAAGGGAAAAAAUGCUACAUAUAGUCCAACACCCUGUCUGAAAAUUAGGAAUAUGUUUGAUCCUGAAGUAGAAUAUGGAGAUGAAUGGCAAGUUAGCAUUCAAGAUGCAAUACUGGAAAAAUGUGAAGGAAACGAUGGAAUUCAUCAUAUUGCUUUUGACACAUCCAGUAAUGAGGGUUGUGUCUACAUGCUCUGUUCUUCCAGUGAAGCUGCAGGAAAAGCAUUUAAUGCUUUACAUGGAUGGUGGUUUGACAACAAAUUAGUGACUGUCAAGUACAUUCGCUACGAGCGCUACUUAGAAAGAUUUCCUGAAGCCGAGCAUUGCACGGAGCCUCUCAAGCCCUCCAACAACAAGCGGCUGUCCCUCUCCACUCCAUUUUUCUCUUCUGCCUUGGAGAGGUCCUGAAGCUCCUUAAAGAAAACACAUGAACUGAUGGCAGAUUCAUUUUAUUUUUUGUGCGAAUUUUUUCUAAUUGUCCUUUUCCAAAUUUUUAAUGACUAGCCCUUUUGCGCUCCUUGUUCGUUUUCAGCAAUAUGUGAAUAGAGAAAUUUGCAUUGAUAAUAAAAUGUAUUAUAAAUGUU